AAUCCUUCACGAGCACAUCCAUGCCAAUUCAAGAUGGCGACCGCCGUGUGGUUAGGUCGCAGUUGUUCCAGAGGAUUGCUAGGUCCUCAGAGGGCUCUGACUAAUUCUCUUGCUGCAAGAGCAGCAAUACAGAGCUGUCUGGGAGAACGUCACCAGAGCACUGCUGCUGUUGCCAAGCCUCGUGGGAAGAUAGAUUCUGCUGCAGAAUUUGUUGUGACCAAAAUCGAUGAUCUUGUAAACUGGGGAAGAAGGGGCUCCCUUUGGCCCAUGACGUUUGGUUUGGCUUGCUGUGCUGUUGAGAUGAUGCACUUUGCAGCCCCAAGAUAUGACAUGGACAGGUUUGGUGUUGUGUUCAGAGCAAGCCCUCGACAAGCUGAUGUGAUGAUAGUUGCUGGCACUCUCACAAACAAAAUGGCUCCUGCUCUCAGAAAGGUCUACGAUCAAAUGCCUGAGCCUAGAUGGGUCAUAUCCAUGGGCAGCUGUGCCAAUGGUGGCGGCUACUACCACUAUUCCUACUCCGUGGUACGAGGGUGUGACAGGGUGAUACCUGUUGAUAUCUACGUACCCGGGUGCCCGCCCACCGCCGAAGCACUGUUAUAUGGAGUGCUGCAGCUACAGAAGAAAGUCCGUCUCAAGCAUCAUCCCAUCACCAUGUGGUAUCGCAAGUGAAAACAAUAUCUACUGACUUGCAUCGGAUUGCGAUCGACUUGUUUUGUAAAAUCUGAUGUGGCUUAUUAUUUUAUUAUAUUACUAGGAUCUUUACUUUGAAAGAGCUGUGUGAUUGGUUUCUUUGUAAAUGUAUCCUGUCGUGUCUUGAAAUGUCUACUCAUUCUUGCAAUAAAUUGUUUUAUCUGAUAAACUAAA